GAUCAAUCAGCCAUGCUGGGCUCCGCUCCUAUAGGUGGCAACGGAAUCAGCUACCACCUGCGGCCUGUCUCGCUGGGGGACGAUCUUUUUUUCUUUGGUACUUAAGUCCAGCACCUGCACAUCCAUCCCGUGUCUUCUCCUCAUCUUUCUUCCCCUCCCUCCUCUCCCCUCUUUUUGCGCUUUCUCGGCCGAUCUUGCUGUCCUCGCCUGCCACACUCCCCCUCCCCAUAAUGGCUUCCGCAACUGUUCUCGAGAAGGCCAACAUCGGCGUCUUUACCAAUACCAAGCAUGAGUUGUGGAUUGCGGAAACAAAGCCCACCCUGGAGGAGGUCAAGAGCGGACAGGGACUGAAGCCCGGCGAGGUCACCGUCGAGGUUCGCAGCACGGGAAUCUGCGGAUCCGACGUCCACUUCUGGCAUGCAGGCUGUAUCGGGCCUAUGAUCGUCACGGGAGACCAUAUCCUGGGCCACGAGUCCGCGGGCCAGGUGAUUGCCGUGGCCCCAGAUGUCACUCACUUGAAGCCUGGCGACCGCAUUGCCGUCGAGCCUAACGUCAUCUGCAAUGCUUGUGAACCCUGCCUGACCGGUCGCUACAACGGCUGCGAAAACGUCCUCUUCCUCUCCACCCCUCCGGUCGACGGUUUGCUGCGCCGCUAUGUCAACCACCCUGCUAUUUGGUGCCACAAGAUCGGUGAUAUGAGCUACGAAGACGGCGCACUCCUGGAACCUCUCAGCGUAUCCCUGGCAGGGAUUGAGCGCAGUGGACUUCGUCUGGGUGAUCCGUGUCUGAUCACCGGUGCUGGCCCUAUCGGUCUCAUCACCCUGUUGAGUGCACGCGCGGCCGGUGCAUCACCCAUCGUCAUCACCGAUAUUGAUGAGAGCCGACUAGAGUUCGCCAAGUCCCUGGCCCCCGGCAUCCGCACUUACAAGGUGCAGAUCGGCCUCUCUGCUGAGCAGAAUGCAGAGGGUAUUAUCAACGCCUUCAACGACGGAGAGGGCUCUGCCCCUGGAGCCUUGAGGCCCCGCAUAGCCAUGGAGUGUACGGGAGUGGAGAGCAGUGUCGCGUCUGCCAUCUGGAGUGUCAAGUUCGGCGGCAAGGUCUUUGUGAUUGGUGUCGGAAAGAACGAGAUGACCGUCCCGUUCAUGCGCCUCAGCACCUGGGAAAUCGACCUUCAGUACCAAUACCGGUACUGCAACACCUGGCCCCGCGCGAUUCGCCUUGUGAAGAACGGAGUCAUUGAUCUGAGGAAGCUCGUCACCCACCGCUUCCCGCUGGAGGAUGCUAUCAAGGCCUUUGAGACGGCCGCCAACCCCAAGACCGGGGCUAUCAAGGUCCAGAUCAUGAGCUCCGAGGAGGAUGUUAAGGCUGCUUCCGCUGGUCAGAAGAUCUAAACAGUCACCAUUGCCUUAACAAUAUCCUCCCUUGUCCUUGGUGGCUGGUCACCUUCGAUAUACUUUUCAAUUCAUGAUACGUACCGUCACGGUUUUCACCCCGCUCGAAUAUAUCAUGGACGUCCUGUCCCGUCCCGCUCCGUCUUCCGUCCGUUUGUUUAUAGUGUUCAGACCCGUAUUGCCUGGGAGCUAUAUAGAUCUACG